AUGCGUUACGAUCCAAAUCGUUCAAUCUCCAAACGCCCAAACACUCACGAACAUAAUGAUACUAAAACGAAAUUUUUUAAUCCAAAACAGGUCGGCGAGAACAAGAGACUCUGUCACACGGUCGGCGGGAAAGAGACGGAGAACAAGCUGCUGGUGCAGAUAAGUGAAGCCGAGCAAGUGACGGACUUUGAAAGGAUUCUUAAUAGAAAUGCAGGGGUGUGGGAACGAGCGCGGGGCCAUGUGUGGCGCGCCAGCGUAGCGCACGCUUCCGCCGCCUCCGACGGCUCCGCCUCGCUACUACCGCGCUCCUCAUACUCGCUGCACGCGGUCAGCGAGGCCUACCACAGGCUAUUCCAACAACACGAGGAGUCGGUGCGACCUCUCGUAGAGCGAUACCGAGAAGAUACUGUCGCUGAGCAGAAACAACGUCCCACGCCGAGCGUUUUGCAGAACGACUGGUAUGAUAAUCUUCACGACUUGGCCGAAUUCUAUGAGGACGACCAGCUGUUGCAUAGGGAAAUCGAAACUAUCACAGACAACUUAAUAGAUAAAGAAGUAAAGGCGACAGAAGUCAGCCCUCGAAAUAAAAACUUCAAGGUGAAUUUGGCCGAUCUAAUCGGGCUGCACGUGAGCGUAGAGGGGGUCUCUCCGAUCGGGCGCGACGACCGCGGCCUUUCGCCCGAGGCGGAGUGCGGCGCCACCGAUGAGAAGGAAUGGCUCACACCGAGCAUGAGCUCGAAUCUCGAUGACCGGUCAACGAGCGAGCGCAGUGCGAACGUCGAUAGUCUAGUCGAGAACUUGGAUUCGAUCCAAUUGGGUUAUGAUGCUAAAGUUCCCACGAUAACCUUUAGCAAUUGUUGCGAGGGACGCGUUAAGAGCGAUUCGCCGGACAAUACGGAUGCCGUCAUCCACCUCUCAGUGCCGUCUAUCAAGAGCACCGACGAGGCUCGUCCGCCGAUGUAA